AUGGCAACGACAGGCCCCAGCGCAGACGCUCUCAAUGAGAUGGGAAGUAACCUCACGUUCUCGGAUCUCCUCGACAUAUCUGGUGGUGGCAUCUCAUACAACGAUGACCCCUUCCUCGAUGAGCCCAUCGUCGUCGAGGUCAAGCCGCCUCCGCCCUCACAAGCCAAGUCGCACGCUACGCGACCGCAUGUGUUGAAGCGAAAGCCUAGCAUCAGCUUCCAAAAGCGGAGAUCGCAGAACCUCGACUUCUACCCUCGGCCACCUGAAGACAAGAUCGACAUGGCCGCCGUAAACAACCAGGUCGACGACUUCAUGCAAGACUUCUACUCUCCGCGCGCUGCGGCGACGACCACGACAUUUGUGACACCCGCGCCCAAAACUGAAACGAUUAAAGGCCUCGGGCUCGACCUCUCGAUGCCUCCUGUGCUUCUCGUGCCGACGGAAAUUCCGGAGCCAAUUCCGUACACGCCGCUGAAGCAGGAAGAAGACGACAUGGAGCCAAACCCGAUUCCAGAGCUCCUCCCAAUUAUGGCGCCGCCAAACCACGGCCACCGCCACGUCUACAACAACUCGGUUGACCUCUCGCACCUCUCGUCCAACUUUGCGCAGAUGCUUCAGCAGCCCAACCCGGGUUUCUUCCCAGGUUCGCCUCUCGCGGGUGGCGCUACCAUGGGCUUUCCGCCCACAUCGCCGGUCCACAACUCGAUGGCCAUGGGUUCGAUGUCGCCACUUCAAAUGGGCAUGUCCAUGGCGCCUCCCCCAAUGUUCAACUUGUACCCGAGUAUGAUGUACACUGGUGGCGACAUGGGUCACAUGCAGCCACCGAUGCCUGCCAGCCCAGCCUUGAGCUCUGGUUUAUCCUCGACUUUUGAGGCCGUCAAUAUCCGAUCGGUGCCCAAUUCGCCCAGCAGCAGCACAACUGACGGCAGCGAGCGUCGGGAGAAGCGGGAGUACAAGUGCCGGCAGUGCGGGCAGCCCAAGAGCGGGCACAUUUGCACGUCAAUCAAGAGCAUGAUGGACUCGUCGUGCCAAAGCGAGACAUCGUCGUCAUAUACGAACGAGUGGCGCAUACUCACGGUCAAGUCGAAAUGGGUUGCGCAGUACCCGGGCCACGACGCAUAG